AACGCCCUUGAUCAGGCACUGAGUAAUUUCAUUGAAUUUUAACUGAAAUCGUGAACACUCCAGUAUCGCAUCAAAACAGUGCAAAAGUUCUGAAGCUUCUGGCUCUACGUUAAACAUAUCGUUCUGCCAUUUACGGGCUCGGUUAAUUCGUGUCAAUUGAUUCGCAUCCCAGCAGUUCGUCUGUUCCUCAUAUCCAAUCGUAUCAUCAGCGGCUGCUGGUAUUGUCCCGGCUGGUAGUGUUGGUGCUUCCGACUGGGGCUCACCUAACGAAAACAGUCUGUUGUCGUCAUUCGUCACAAGAUUCCGCGAGGAGUAGUUAGCACAUACGUUAGUUUGGCUGGCGCUAGCAGUGUGCGCCGAGCAGUGUUGUGCAAUCAGUGAGAAUUUGCACUUUCAUGUGACAGAUUCAUUCCCUACGUAUUUAAAAGUGCAUUCUAUCUAGACGACACAAUGAAUCAUCUACAAAUAUCUACCGAUCCGACACUGUUGGGGGCAGAUUUGCCGGAAUCGUUGACUACAUCGCCUUCAGUUUCGACUUUUCUUCCGGAGGAAGAUGCUUCCACAUGCUUACUGCUACCGGGAACGCCCAGUCCACCACUGGACUUCACUCACCCACUAACCCCGUUGGAGAUGGCAAACGUCGACAAUUGUGACAAUGUAGCCGGUGACGAUCCUGCUGCGGAGACCAGUUCUUCCGGUAGCUCCGGUAUAGGAAUGGUGGGUGGCUGUACGUCAGGAGCGGGAACGCUGUUCAGCGAUUACCAACAUUUGCGGAAAACUAGCGAUGGAAAGCUGCCGGAAAAUGGACUGCAUAUGAAUGGAACGUUAAAUAUUCCCAUCUCCAAGGAUAUGCCCAGCUUUGUGCACUGGAAUUGGCCCCUGAUUCGGAAGUGUACGUUUUUCGUGUUUCUCUCCGGGAUCGUCGCUAUGAUUGGCGUAGUGGUGACGAUGAUUGCUACCUUGCCCAAGUCCUGCAAUCCGGCUGUCGCCUGGUACAAAGGAUCCGUUUUCUACGAAGUAUUCCCGGCUAGCUUCCAGGACACGAACGACGAUGGUUUGGGUGACAUUCACGGCCUGAUCGGACGGGUCGAGUACUUCAAGAGCCUAGGCAUCGGUGCGGUUCGGUUGAACUCCAUUUUCCCGUCCCAGCACUAUCCGGACCACUUUCAGGACGUUACCUCGCUGACGGCCGUCGACGAGGUGCUGGGAAAGGUUGAAGAUCUGCAAAAAUUUGCCGCCGUUCUGCACGAACGAAACAUUUCGCUGAUUCUAGAUUUGCCCAUCUAUCCGUUUGUGGAUCAUUUAAACCCACCGACGAUGGACGUUGACCGACUGCCCAAUCGAACGGAUGAUGUACCCACUAGUGAGUACCUUCGGUUGGCUAGAUCUGUACUGCACGAGCAGGAGAAUGUUAUCACCAGCGUUAUUCGGUUUUGGCUUGCUAAAACUGGCGUUGAUGGAUUCUAUAUCAAAGGGUUGGAACACUUCCAUGAUGAUCCACUGCUACUGGAAAAUAUCAAAGAAUGGAAGUAUACUCUUGGAGGAGAUCGGGUUUUAAUGGUUAGCAAGCAGUUUGUGGAAAAGGUUCCCGAUUCAAUCGCUUCCCAGGUCCUUAGUCAAGUUGAUUUGAUAGACGUUCUAUUGGACGUUGCAAAAGGAGCUGAAGUGAUUGCGAGUACCGUUAAGGAUGUAAUGAGUGACGAAAAAGUUAUGAAAGGUGUUGAACAUCCAUGGGUUCACUGGAGUCUCGGUGGUGUCAGCGAGCGGCGGUUAUCGUCGGGGCUCAAUCCCAAUGCUACCUUGGCAGCUACGCUGAUGCAGCUGAUGUUACCCGGAACUGUCAGUAUUUUCUAUGGAGACGAAAUCGCUCUGGAAGAGGCAAGCGAUCCGAAUGGGGAACACGUGGAGACUAAACAUUUGCAUCAUCUGGCUGCGAUGGCAUGGAGUGGUAGUCAGUUUACGGGACGAGGAACUUUACCUUGGCUGCCAAGGAGUGCUUCCGCUUCGUUUCAUCAUCUUGAAAUUGUGCUUGAGAUGAUUGCGUUGCGUAAAAAAUCGCCUUCGAUUUAUUUGAAUGCAGUCGUGAAAGAAGGUCAAGUCUUGACGAACACUGAUAUAAAGUCCAGCCAAAAUGACAUAGUUAUAAUUGAACGGUGGUACCCGAGAAGGAACUCCUUUGCUGCUAUCAGUAAUUUUGGGUCGAAAAAUGUUUCUCUUGAUCUGACGGCGAUGUUUUACAGCGGAGAAAUUGUUGCAGGAACGACCGGCAAGAAGGAGCGUGUUUACUUUGAACGAUUUGCGGCGAACGCUUUGGAAACCAUCAUCGUGAGAUUACACAAAUAAAAAGCAGAACAAUCGCACCAGUUUUGUUUUUGAUUCAGUUUUGAUUUUAUUUUGUGGAUUUUUUCUUAUAAAGAAGAAAAUUCAAAUAAUAACUAACCUACAAGUAGCUUUACUUUACACCCUAAAUUGUUCUGUACAUAUAUCAACCAUAGCUGUGUUGUAUAGAGCAGAGAGAAUGUUAAUAAAAAUCUAUUAAAAAUAUCUAUAGGAAAAACAUAACGAUUACUUUACUAGUCCCUACAACAGUUCGUACUCGUGUUUUUUUGUCAGUAGUUUCCCUACGUUUGAUUGAUACCAUCAUCGCUUCGCUCUCCAAACAAAGA